AACUUUAUAUUGGGCAAAUUUUAAUGAGAAUCAUGGAGGUCAUAUAAUGCAAUUGGAUCUUGAUGGAAAAAACGCUCGAAUCUUUCAGAAAAAUAUAUCUUAUGCACUUCUUGAGAGCGUAGACGCAUUCAAAUACAUCCUAAAGAUAGAAGCGUCUUCUUGGUUUCAUGAAUUCUAUGCUUUCGGUAAAUCUUUGCAAUCAUAUCCUCCGAUAAGAUGUCUGACACCUGACAACAAAAUUUACAACGCAGAAGAAUCGAUAUACACGGUAACAACGAACAGCAUCAUCGUAAAUCUUCCGGAGCCGGUCCCUAAGAAUGGAUGCAAAAAGCACAACUUACCUACUACUCUAUAUACCAUCUACAUAAACUGUUGUUUGGACAAUGAGUUUAAUAAGUUCGAUAAUUUCACCGUGCAGACAAACGAGCGAUAUUACGAAAUUCAGAAUUUAACGUCGCUUACAGAGUACAAAUUACUGUUAGUAAUAAGCAAUUUUUAUUCUGAUCAGUUAUCAAUAAACCCGUUAUUCCGUUCGGUAGUGAUGCUGAGAACUAAACCGAGUAGGCUCGGCGCACCAGAAAAUGUGACAGUUUAUGCUCUGACGCCUACUAUAGCGGCUGUUUAUUGGAUGCCUAAGAUAAUGAACUGCGUGCCCGUGAUCUACGAAGUAUCCUGGAUGUUAAUUAAUUUGGAAAACAGUAUGCGACGAAUGAGCGAAAUCUUACUUAUUAAUAAAACCAAGCAUAAGAAAGACAGCAAAUUUUUCACAAUAAUUGAACCGUUGAUACCAGCACAGAAAUACAGGGUAAAUGUACGCAUUUAUCCACUCAACUACAGCGAACUUCAUACUGACAGUUUGAGCAAAACUUUGUACAUGUAUUCGGAACCAAACAAUAUAACUUUGAACGAGGUUAGCAUAAACAGUAUGAAUAUUUCGUGGAUUCCUAACGUUAAUUUGACAAUUCAUUACGUAUUGGAAUAUAAAAAUGUUGAGAUGCAGGAGUGGCAAAUCGCAAAGAACUUUGGGCCGAAUAAUGGGGAAAAAGUAAUGUACUAUAUAAAAAACUUAUUAUCAGGAACUCGAUACGAGUUUCGUUUGAUACUGAGAUACCCCAAAUACGAGAAAAACUUUACAUGGCCAUCUGAUGGAAGAUUUACUUUUUCAACACUGACAAGUAAGCAAAUUAUAACAUUAUAA